UGUGGCCCCAUCACACUUGCUAUCUUCCCCGACCCCUCUCUUUCUAUCGGCUUACCCGACUCGGGCCUCCAAUCCGGAUCCCUUCAUUGUCUUGUGGAUCCGUUCCUUAUCUUUCUGGUUGACCGAUUCCAUUCGGUUCCAGUCCCUGUGUGCAUUUCGCUCCAGGCCCUAUUUCUCAAGGACCUAGAAGCACACACGCUGCCGCCUCACCGAGCAGAGCGCCUAAGCCCUGAUUGCAAUGCUUGCUGA